AUGGUUCAGUACGACCAAUUCCCUCAGAUGGUGGACGGUAGCCUUCCAACACGUGAGAAGGCCACAGAGUCUCACCCGGAGAUCGCCAGGUCUCCCAGUCAAACUGAAGUGACCGGCGCCUUGCACCCGCGGCUUCGGAGGCUUUCUCAGAGUCAUAGUCCUCAACAACACUACUGCGCGAAAUGUCAUAUGCGGCGCUCAUCACACAACCUCGUACUGACACGCAGCCGCUCUCACCUCAGCAGCGACGAUGAGGACUCCGAGAGCUUCUGCCCAGACAUCUGUAUGCCCACAGAGGUUCAUCGCCCGCGCGUCCACACCAGGCGACAUUCUGGCCUCUGUCCCGGUAAUCUCAUCUCACAAGAGCACAACGAUGGCAGGACUUCGCCAACACAAAUGACGCGCAAGAAUUCCUCCACCCCGCACAACUCGGCUUCCAAUGCCAAUUGUCACUGUGAGACCAUCAUCCCAGGCGACAACCUGGAUGAAAGAUAUGGCCUCGUGGAAGAGCCCGAAGAAAUCAAGCCUCGGAGACAAAGAGCAAGCUUAGACCAACAGGCUGCUGAGCAGAUGGCGCAAAUCAUGCGCGAAGAACUCAUAGCUGAUUUGAGAGCAAGACAGCCCAUGCUCUGA